AUGUCAGAUUCAAGUGAUAGUGAAUCAUCAUAUAAUUCAUCAUCAUCAUCAUCAAGUGAAAAUGAAUCAAAUAAAGAUGAAAAGAAAGUUUUAUUUCAAGAUGAUUCAGAAUCAGAAGCUGAAAAUGAAAUUAAAGUAAAUGAAAAGUUUGAAAGAAUGUAUGAAGCUAAAAAAGCACAUAAUGAAUUAAUUUCAGCAUCAACCACACUUGAAGAAGAUGAACAAAGUGAAGAUGAUGAUGGUAAAUUUGAUUCAAAAGUAAUGAAAGAUGGUUUCCUUACACUUUUACCAUUAUUAGCAAAAAAAAAAACAGAUUUAUUAUUAAAGAAUAAAGAUGUAAAAUUCUUUAAUAAUAAUAAUGAUAAUAAUAACAAUGAUGAAGAAGAAGAAGAGGAUGAAGGAUCAGAUGAAGCAGAUAGCGAAUCUGAAGAAUCUGAAUCUGAAAAAAAGAAAAAGAAGAAACCAUUCACAUUAAAAGAUUAUCAAAGAGAGAAACUUACAAAAACAAUGAAUAAAGAUCAAUAUGAGGAAUCUGAUGAAGAGGAUUUCGAUUCAUUACCACAUAAUAAACAACAAGAGAAAUUAAAGAAAGAUUUCUUUGAUGCUUCAAGAAAAUCAUUUAAAGAUGGUGGUGGUGAUGAUGGUGAUGACGAUGAUGGUGAAGAUGGUUCAGAUGAUGAUUUUUUAGUUAAAAGAAAAAAGACUGAACAAGAUCAAGAGAUUGAAGAUAAAGAAUUUGAAGAAUUUAGACAACGUUUAGAGAAAAAGAAAUCACCAUUCCUUGAAGAGACUGAUACAAUUAGUGAAUUUUGGAAAGGUAAAGAUGCCGAUACUGAUGAGAAAUUCCUUAGAGAUUAUUUGUUAGGUCAAAAAUGGCAAUCUGACAAAGGUAAAUUACCAACCUAUGAAGAGAUUCUUAAAGAAUUGGAUCAAGAUGAAGGUGAAACCGUUAAACAAGAUGAUUUCGAACGUACUUUUAAUUUCCGUUUCGAGGAACCAGGUUCAGCAAUUAUCGUCAAUCAUCCACGUACAAUUGAAAACUCAGUUCGUCGUAAAGAUUCCGCUAGAAAAACAAAAAGAGAAAAGAAGAAAGAAAGAAAAGAACAACGUGCUGUUCAAAAUCAAGAGAAAAUUAAACAACUCAAAAAUGAGAAAAAGAAACAAAUCCUUGAAAAAGUUAAAGAAAUUAAUAGUAUCACUGGUUCAAAUUUAUUCAAUUUAGAUUCUGUUGAUAUUAAAAAGAUUGAUCCUGAAAUAAUGGUAAAAUCAAUUGGUAAAAAAGUUAAGCAACCACAACAACAAGAUAGUAAUAAUAAUGAAGAAGAAGGAUAUGAUGAAAACUAUGAAGGUGGUGAAGGUGAUGAUUAUCAAUAUGAUGAGGGUAAUGGUGGUCGUUAUGAUUUAAAUAAAAUCAUUGAGUCAGGACUUUAUGAUGACCAAUUUGAAGAUGAUGGUGAAGUUUGGUCAAAUGAAAGAAUGUCAAAAGAACGUGAAGAAUUAGAAUCAAUGUUAGAUAGAUAUUAUGAAAUGGAUUAUCAAGAUCUUUUAGGUGAUGAUACUCCAGUUCGUUUCAAAUAUACAAAAGUUGAACCUGAUUCAACCAUUUCAAUCGAUGAUAUCUUGGAAAAGGAUGAUAAAGAUUUAGAAAAGAUUUUACCAUUAAAUAAAAUCGCCACCUAUUAUAAUCCUUCCUAUAAAGGUUAUCGUCAAAAAGCUGAUAAAAGAUAUUUCGAUAAACCUUCAACUAGUAAAUAUCUCACAAAAUCUUCAAAAACUUCAACAAAUUAUAAUAGUAAAUAUAAUCAAAAUAAACAAUUUAAUUCUAAAUUUGAUAAUAAUAAUAAUAAUAAUAAAAAUAAUAAUAAUAAUAAUAAAAAUAAUAAUAAUAAUAAUAAAUUUAAUAAUAAUAAAAAAGAAGAAUUCAGUAAUAAUAAAAAAGAUUAUAAUAAUAAUAAACCACAACAACAACCACAACAACCACAAACUACUGAACCAACUGAACCAGCUGGUGAAAAGAAAAGAAAAGCCAAGAACAAAAAUAAAGCAUCCACUAAUAAAAUUCAAAAAGUUGAAUAA